UGCAGCCGUGACAAUUACAAUCGCGUAAACGCGCGGUGUCAUCGAACGAGGGUUAGCUCCAUCAGCCGGACGUAUCAGAGGGAUAGAAAGAGAAGGAGAAUACGCAGUAACGAGAGAGAGCGGAUCCACCCACUGGUGCGCCGCCGAAUUACGAUACACCGUGGCGUCUCGCAGGGAAGCGUAACAACAGCUGUUAUGCUCGCGGUAUACCUCGCUAACGCUACGUCGAGCGUUCAUAAUCGACGUCAUCGAACCUGAUUGACCCAUCGUUGACAUAUCAAGGGGAGUCAACGAUGAAAGUGGAUCCUCCUACGCGCGUACGGUCUCGUAAACCCUCUUCAAUUUCAUAUCGAGGACCGAAUCAGGCCGCGUCUAAUCAGCUAUCGCACGCAUGUGACACGGCGCGCCGAUCGAGCGCAUUAAUUGAUCCUAACCCGACUUCGAUCGGACUCUUUUAUCCUGCCGGUCGUGAAAGCACGACGGAGGGAUUUCCAACGGACGCGUAAUGUGCGACGUAAUGUAGUGUAUCGUCUCUGUGAUCUCUUCCAGCGAGUUGACCGUAAUCGCGCUUAAUUGCUUAAUGAGGAGUACAUGAGUCGUCAAUAAUCAGCGACGAAGUUAAUUGUCUGUUAUUAUGGAAACGCGAGCGCAAAGAGGCGGAGCAACGAGAUAUCCUCGGCGAUUGUCAAAUGACGAGUGAAUCUCGCGGGGGGAGAUUUCACCUCGUCAAUCGAUCGAUAGUCGUCGCGACCAGAAUCGUCUCGUCGGCGAGGUACCGCAAAGUUUGCAGUAUUAAUCGGCAAGCGACGGCGUGUCAGCGGGGGAGGAAGAAGGUCCAACAACAGGGAUCGCCACGACGGCGAGAAUCCCCCAUCGAGCGGGCUGUGUUGCAGAACGGGAAAUGUCGAAGGUGCGAAGAGGACUCGAGGACGGAUAUCGAUAUCCGAUCUCGCUCCGAUCUUCCUGAUGCUCGAUGAUCGUCGACGUGACGACGCGCGCCGCUCUCGAGACAUUUCCACGAGAAUGCUUCGCACACGAGUGCGCCGCGAUGUCGCCAUCGCUGUCGCGCCGUUAUCGAGCGCCACUUCCCCGUGACCGAGCGCGCGCGAUCUUGACAGUCGCUGGUGCUGUCACUGUGUCUCAUCGAUCUUCGCGCGGCAUCGUUGUGCGUGUCUCGGAAUUUCGGGAGUUCGACAGCGGAACCCACGAAGACGGCGAAACGGCUCGUUUAUCGAGCGGCGCCUUCCUUCGGACGACGGAGCGACGCAUCGGGCGAAGUCACGCGAACCGAAGUGCGCAGGUGUCUCUUUGGCCAAUAACACGUGACGACGACGAUCGUGACUGCGCUUUACAUCUGCCCGCGGCCUGUCAAAGCCGACCCGGUCGACGAUGACCGAUGACUCGUCAUCGACCCUCGUGACACCCUCGGCGCGCGGUGAUGGAACACUCGGACGAGGUGACGAAGCAGUCACGUCCUCGCUCGGCCGUUAAUUAUCGCGGAUCAUCCCUGCUGUGGAAGCGUCCGCAGCUCUCUCGUGCUACGUCGACCUUCCUCCGUCGUCACGCGUUCGUGUCAGACGUAUUCGCGAGGAUGACGAAGAAGGUAGGACCGACUCGGAGACGUCGAAUCGCAGCCGAUCAACGCGGGAUCGGACACGAGAUGUCGUUGAUUAACAGCAGCACGUCGCGUUCGUGAGAUCCCGUGGAAGUUCUUCGACGUAUGAUCGAUACGUUCAUCGAUCCGGUGAUUAUGAUAUCGUGGCUCGUCCGUGAGCGCGAUCAAUAUCCGCGGCGACGCACCGUGGGAUAUCACUGCGGGCAGAGGAACACCCGGAGAACGAGGUCUCACUGUGACUAUCAGCGCGAUAACAGCUGAACGAGUAUCCCCGCUUGCUUAAAACGUGACGUGUUUAUACGACUAUUGAUGGUACCGCGUGUCCGUAAGCGGCGCACACACCGACGUCUUUCUGCGCGAGCGCAUCGUCAUCCGACGGCGAUUAUCGUGUGACGACGGCGAUCGGGAUCCCCGCGAAAACGCGCGACCGGUCGAGCAGGUUCACGACGCUCCUCGCUGCUCGCAAAUAGAAGGCCCAGAAAGACGCGAUAAUUGUCAACUCUAACGACUGACGUUUAUCGAAUGUUCGAACGUGAGCGCGAUGUCGCCGAGACCGAGAGUUGACCUCGUCGACGUCGCCGGUGCGGGAAUUGAUGCCGAGGGGAUUUGAUCUUGAGAGUCUCGUCUACGACGCCCAACGACCUCGCAAAAUAGUUGAUAAGGUUCGCGCGACCAUAAGCCCGAGGGACCAUUUUCGCCGAGCUGAGACAACGAAAGGAAGGAAAGGGGGAGGCAAGGGGGACCAAUAUUUAACAGCAGCAAUAAUCCGACGAAGGGACCACGAAGUUUAGCGAAUAAUCGGCCGACAUGAUGGAUUGGGGGAUAAGACGCUCUAUUAUGUUUCACGUGAGGAGGAGGCCCGCGGACUACAUGCCGCGGAAACGUAAAAAGAAACCAGCCGGGAAAUGGAACGAACUGGAUCACAGGUACGAGGACGAAAGGCUGCCUUUCCUGCUGGAGCUGAAUCCUGACGGCAGCGAUAUCCCAAACGGUGCCGGGGUGCGACACCGGUUACAGCCGAAUGUGACGGAAGUAGGCUCGGAACGGCCGAUCGGGCCGCAAGCGGUGCAAGCGCAAACGCUGACGUUGCCGGGGCCGACAGUGAUGCCGAGGCAUUGCGUGAUAGCCUUCACCGAGAACAUUGUCACUCUCACGCCAUGCUCCAGAGACGCGCACACGUACGUCAAUAACCAGAGGAUACACCAGACCACCAUACUGCAGAAUGGAGCCAUUAUCAAGUUCGGCAGGAUGCACACUUUCCGAUUUAUCGACCCGGCACCGGAGGAACGCAUCAGGCAAAGACAGGAUUCCAACAAACAGAUCGACUACGCUUACGACCGACGCUCGCCGGACGCUACCAGCCAGGACGUCAGCUCUGAGAAGUUCCGACCAGGGUCCGGCACGCCGAACGGCGGUGCCCAGGCCCCAAGUCAGGCUCAAGAGCGAGUCACCCCGUCGAGUCCUUCCAAGUCCGCUGCCGCUCAUAGCGCUCGUAGUCCUACCCAUCCGUCGGAACCCACGCACAAUUACGAGACCACCUUCGACUUAGAUGGCAAUGUGGAGACCGCCAGUCUGAGCAGCAGCAGAGACGGCAACAGGUUGGCACAGUACGACCGACAGCCGCGAGGCACGGAUCCGAUCUUGCCCGCCGUUCUGGAGUUCCUCGAGGAAACGGAGGAGACAUUCCUCCAUGCCGUUAUCACCGACGUGGAGCCUUCGGCGCCGCAGUUCAAGCUGGCUCCGACCUACACGCUCUACCUGAGCGCGAGGUACCGCGCCAGCACUCACUACAGACCGGAACUGCAGCCCACAGAGAGAGCGCACCGUCUCACUGUUAUGCUGGCGAAUGUCGCUACCAUGAUACAACGCGUUAUCCAGGAACGUUACAUGGACGCCUCGUCGUUGGCCUUCUGGCUGGCGAACGGUUCCGAGCUACUGCACAUGUUGAAGAGCGACCGGCACGUGGGUGCAUUCUCGACGCGCGCGCAGGACAUCCUGACGGACGCGGUGCACACGUCGUUCAGCUCGCUGGUGCGGUGUGUCACACUGGAACUGGCGCCGGCGAUGACUCAGUUCAUGGCAGACGCGGACGAGCCGGCUAAGGAGGCCGGGGUGCUGCAGAUCUUCUCGAACUCGAUGGCGCUGCUGCGACGAUGCCGGGUGAACGCCGCGUUGACGAUACAGCUGUUCAGCCAUCUCUUCCACGCGAUCAACGCCACGGCCUUCAACACUCUGGUUUCCAACGGGAACCUGUGCGUCCGAUGGUUCGGCCGCAGACUGAAGGCACGGCUGAACGCCUUGGAGACCUGGGCCGAGAGGCAAGGUCUGGAACUCGCCAGUCAGUGCCACCUGGCGACGAUCAUGCAGGCGACUCACCUGCUACAGGCACCCAAGUACAACGCCGAAGAGCUGGCCACCUUAAGCUCCACUUGCUUCAAACUGAAUUCUCUGCAAGUCAGGGCGCUGCUGCAGAAAUAUCAGCCUGCCGCGGAUGAGCCCAGGCUGCCUGCCGAGUUGAUCGAGAACGUUGUGAGGGUGGCGGAGAGCGUUGCGGAUACGCUCGCGCGUUCAGACGGCCGGGAGAUAAGACUGGAAGAAGAACCUGUUCUAGGAUUGGCGUUGUUGUUACCCGAUGACGGCUACAGCUGCGAGGUGAUAAGAGGUGUUCCGCCAGGACUGGCGGAAUUCUUAGCACCCCUGCAGCGGGACGGUCUGUGUCGAAUGGCAGCUCAACCCACCAGCAGCGGCUAUUGGACCAUUUACAUGAUAGAUCAUCAUAACAAUUUACGCAGUCCCAGUGCGAUGAGCAACAGAUCGAGUGGUUACACCAGUCACAUCACUCAAAACCAAGCCCAACCGGAUAUACAUGUCAUUAAAUUGCACAAGAGCACCAACGGCAUGGGCUUGAGCAUCGUGGCGGCGAAGGGUGCGGGACAGGAUCGAUUAGGCAUCUACAUAAAGAGUGUGGUCGCUGGCGGUGCAGCCGAUGCUGAUGGUAGACUGACAGCGGGCGAUCAGCUGCUCAAGGUGGAUGGACAAAGUCUCGUCGGGAUUACACAAGAAAAGGCUGCCGAGUAUCUCGUGCGUACCGGACCCAUCGUAACGUUGGAAGUUGCUAAGCAAGGCGCCAUAUACCAUGGACUCGCAACGUUGUUAUCUCAGCCUUCUCCGGUGAUGACUAGAGCCUAUAAAAGCCGGCCGAGGUCCGAGCUCUUAGAGCCGGCGGGACUAGCGGAAGCGGCGGCCGGUCAGCCAGCCACGUCACACUCGAUGGGCGACUUAUUGUCCCUGCCGAAGCAGACGGCGUGUCAGGAUGUAUCUCAACCAGGUGCGAUCCCACCCCUACGCUUUCCCGAUACGUCCUUUGCCGAAACGGCCUUUUACCGUAAUCAGCUCGAUCGAGCCUUCCCGCGAGUCGACCUCGAGGAGUGCCACUCUGUGCGGCAGGAUCUGUUUUCCGUUCUCCAGCGGAGAAGCGCGUAUCUGUCCGCUUAUCCCGUCGACGAGAGGGAGUAUUUGUGUCGUCCAUCCACCCCCACCGUCUCCCCCGUGCGCAUCCCGAAACCCCGUACGCCCCUCUACUGUCCCAUGAUCUCCAUAACGAGCGACAACGCGGUGUCGUCCGUCAUAUAUCAGGAUGAGAGCGAUGAGAGCGACGAUAGGAUCAUCGAGGAGGACGAGGGUGUCGUUGGCGGACUCGCUGCGGGCGGCUCGGUUUACCCGGCGGACCCCGUGAAUCCGUUCGAGAGGAUCACCACACCGCCGGAGGAAUACGCGGCGCCCGUGAACGACUGUAAACUCUCGUCGCUGACCUUCGACCGGAGCUUCUUCGACACCAUACCGUACAUCGAUCAAAUCGACGACGCCAAUCCCGUGGAGGCUUCUGAAUGUGUUCAAGGAACGUCGUGCAACUGCGGUCUUAAGGGCGCUCAGAGGCGCUCAGACGUAGAUCGCGGCAGUCAGCGGACUCGAAACACCGCGGAGUCCGAUUUCGAGCUGGACGCACGUGGCAGCGAUCUGUAUCUCUCGCCGAGUAAAUCGACCGAGUUGUCCGUCGAGAGCGAGGCGGUCGCGGGAUUUGGUCAGGCACGCCUCUUAGGCGCGGGUAAUAGCGCGUUGAGUAUCAACGAGCAACUCGAGGAUAGGCUGGAGGAAGUCUCCAACUCCGAAGGCUGCGCGGACGAGUCCAGCUCGACGAUCAACGAGGAAUCGAGCAGGGCCGACAAAAGCGCCGAGGACGGGAUCUCGACUCCCAAGAUGUACACCAUCAUGCCCGAGCUGCACCUUGAUCUGAGCGGACUGAACAGUGACGUGUCCAGCGACGAGUCCAAGCCGGAGAAAUGCUGGAAGUCGCCGGAGGAGGUGCGCUUGGGGUGCGGCAGGGUCGCCGCCCUGGCGAAGCACUUCUCGAGACUCGGCGACGCCGGCCUGAUCAGGUUCAAGUCCACCAAGCUGACCGAAUCCCGGCAGUUUGUGUCGGAGCCGGACAUCGUGACACCGGGGAAGGACGGCGACGAGUGCAAGGAGGCUUGGCGCGUGAAGGAGUGCAAGUCGGACUCGGAUCUGACGAAGAGAGAGGCGGACGACGACUGCCGGGUCGGCCCGUCGGCUGCCGGGCGAAACGUCAUACUGGUUGACGUCGAGACGGACUUCGCCGUCCAGGAGUGUAGACUUCACCAUUGCCCCGCCAAGUUUCCCUCGUCGAGCGGCAGUAAGGAGCAAGUCGGCGCGGAGAAGAGCGCAGCUUUGACCGAGAUCGGAGAUUGCGACGACGCGUCGAGUAGCGAGAGCGACGAUCAGGCUGCCAAGAACAUGAAAAAUAGCAGCUCCAAGCUGUCCUUGGAGGAGCAGCAGGUGAUCGUAGAGCAACUCGAGCAAUUCUUGAAUCUGGACAAUGCCGAUGCGCCCCUGUUCAUACCGGAGCGGAGUGUGGAGCGGGUCCUUUCAAGGGAUGAGGAUGACGAGACUUCUGCUCUCGGCAACUCCACUCGAUCAGCGGAUCGGUUAGAGACAAUGCCCCGAGGGAAGUUACCGUCUGCGGACAACAACGCCCAGCGAACCACCGAGCGAGAUGAAGCUUCCGACUCUUCGUCUUCUUCUUCUUCUCCCCAAGCUUCCGUGCGUUCCCCUUCAUCUUCUCACUCUUCCAUCGUGCUGUCGCUCUCGAAAGUCGCGAGAAGUUCCCCGGACGAUGGCAGAUCGCAGGCCCGUCAGCGCCAUUGCGGCAAGCACUCCAAGCCGUGCCUGUUCAUAGACAUUUCCCACGACAGUUCCGCCUCGGCAAGCCCGUCGAUGCUUCCGCCACGUGCGAGUACCGCGCGCGACAACAAGCUGAACAUUCUGCGCGUGCGAAUCGCCAGGCCGCUCUGCGGCAGCGAGGACAAUCUGAUCGGCGCCGCGACUUGUGGGAGGAAGGAGGUGGUGGUGGCCGAUCGGACCAAGUUGUUGACGCGCAGCUGCGACAGUAUCCUAAGCAGCAAGUUCCUAGCCGAUCCCGCCGAGCGGUUCCCGGCGAGCAAAGACCUCGAUUCUCUCCACGAGCUUCGCGACGGAUCGAGCUCGGAGUUGAAGGAGAAGACGCGCUGGUACCGCCACCGCUCUCUCGAGGAGUUGAAGUCGAAGAGAGGAUCGAGGCGGCAAGGCCAUUUCAGCUCAGCUCGAGCCACCGAGACUGAAGGACUCGGCAGAUUCACCGGCGAUAAGUCCGUCUUCGAGGGUAGAGAGGAGACGCGAGCGACGGAUCGUUGUCGGUCGCUCGAGGAGCUGAACUCGAAGAGGCGCGAACGAGGCAGCCCGAUCUCGGUUGCCGAGGUUCCGAGGCCUGAUUGGCUGCCGAAGAGACCUCGCAGAAGGCGCGUGAGUCACGAUCGGCUGAGAGGGAGCGCCCUCGAGCUGUCGUGCGAGAGCGAUGCGAGAGACGAGGAAGCGCGGCUUGAGUGGCGGGUCGAGAGGAAAUCUCAGAGCGAGCUGGACGUCUCGAAGCGGAAGCCCGACUCGGAGGGGAGGGACGCUUGGAGCUUCCGCGAGAUCAGCUCGCUGAAAGACCGGUCCGCCUUGCGUCCUCGUCGCAUGAGCGAGCGGGAUCUACCGUCGCGGCUUGGACACGACGUCACUCCUCAGCAAAUCCACAGCAGCAAAUCUGUGCCGGCGUUGCAUAACGUGGGCACCGAGGCCAAACAGCAGCAUGAAGUGUUCAACCCCGGCUAUAGCAGAGCCUCGUCCAGCAACAGCGUUACACCACCGGUUCAGCCGCCUCCCAUGGCGACGAUCAACAGCGCGACUUCCUUGCGCUCCAGGUCGAGUCAUAACUUACAUGACCCCAUGAGAAUCGGGACUUUACCACCCACCGGCUUGGUUAGCAGGCAACAGUCGUCGCCCAACUUAAAUCCGAACCCGGCACACACGAACGCACCGUUGAACGCGCAGAACCUGGAGGCGGAGAGGUUCUAUCAGAACCUGAGCAUUUACCGGAACCAAGACUCGACGGUGAAGCAACAGAUCAGCCCGCAACAGUCGGACGACAGGAACCCUCAACAUCUUCAGAAGACCCUGCGGGGCUCGCAGAACUCGCUGAACCGCCCGUCCACAUUGGACGUCGCCCACGUUCGAGACCGUCCGACCUCGGCGUACAUCGCUCAGGGUCAACAGCAGGGCUACUCGACGAUCAAUAGCCCGAUGCAGCAGCAGAGCGGAGGGCCGCCGCCGCGCUCGCAGUCGUCGCGCGACAUGAUUCGCCAGGAGGCGAAGCUGCAGGAGAUGCAGGAGGAAGUACGGCGCCGAGAACUACGCGGGGGCGCGCCGGUGCUUAACCAGCAGCACCGGCCACCGGUGAUGUACAACAUCGGCGCACGGGGAGCGGCGUCUUCCCAGCAGUUGUCGAACGCGACCAUGAACGUACGUUCGCCGAGACCACUCGGCUCCACGUCGAACUUGGGCGCCGCCUCCUCGUACGCGAGACAGAACGCGCCCAGUUACAAUUACCCGGACGCCCAGUACUCGCAGUACAAUAGCAGUACUCAGUACGGUCAGUACGGCCAAUACAAUCAGUACCCGAAGUACUCGACGGCCGGCGGUCAAUAUGGCCCGAUGAAGUCGAAGAACGAGGGAGCGAUGCGUGGCCACCAAACAAUGCCGAAUGAGAACCUACUCGGGAGAGAUCCCAGCGGCCAGGACGCGAAGUCCUACAUCGAUCAGAGCCGACACUUCGCCGGCUCGCAGAACAGUCCGCAUUAUCCAAACGGCAACUUGGAGCAGCGCGUCGAUCAGUACUCGAACGAUAACGUCGUCGGCCGCCCGCAGAACGGAGAGGGCCACUCGAUGACGACAACGGAAACACCGCCGACGAGACCGGCCCUGCCGGAGGAAAGCAGCUACAGCGAGAGCCCGCCGCCACCACCGCCCAACACCUCGACGCAUCCUCUGUACAACAAGCAAGCUGACACGAGAUACACUGCGAGCAUGCAAGAUCCGCCACGGGGUAGUUACUAUCCUGCGGGAGGAAUCGGCACUAUGCAGCAACCGCGGCAGUAUCAGUACAGUGCGACGAAUCCUUGGCAACGAGAAGAGAGAGAGAAGGAACAAGCACGCAGGAGAGAAGCCGCGAGACAAUGGCGCGACCAGCAGAUCUCCGAGCUGAGCGCCCUGGCGCAUCGAACGCAGCAGCAGGAGGAGCAGCUGCGAGCGUUACAGUUGGAAAGGGACUUCCAGAAGCGCGCGGAGGAGGCUGCCAAUCAGGACGACGACGAGGAGAGCAACGAUCUGGACAACGAGAGCGCCCAGCGCGUCCAGGGCUUGCUGAGGAUGGCGGUCAGCCAGGAGAGGAUCGUCCAGGGAAACCAGCAGCAGCAGCAGCAGCCGCCGCAGCAGCCGCCGAUCUUGUCCAGAACAAACACGGGCAACCAGUCGAUGAGAGGUGGCCUUUCUCUGCAACCGAUUAGUAGCCCGAUGCAGCCCACUACUGGCAGCCACUCUCACACUCUGCCCAGUCAGGCGACGUCUCAGAAUGUCGGGAUGAGUGGCGCCGGUCAGGAGAACAGCGGCCUGCACGUGCCAUCGAGUCAGCAGCAGCAAACACCGGGCCAAAGCAGCGAGGAGCAGCAGCAAAUGCUCGUGUCGCCCAAUUACGGCACACCUCUGAGCCACUUUGGCGGCGCCGGCCAGAAGCCCUACUCCGUCGGCAUGUCGCACUCGUCGGAGGAACGUGAACUCCAACGGCGAAUGGACGAGGUGAAGCGCAAGCAGGCCGAGUACGAGGAGAGCCAGAAGAAGCAGGAGGAGGAACUCAGGCAGCAUCAGUUGCACUCGUCGCAGCAACAGACGUAUCAGCAGCAGAGCCAGCAUCAAAGGAACCAGCAACCGCUGCAUCCCGGCAUGCUACGUCUGGACAACUUGAUCAUCAACGGGCCCAACGUGCCAAUGUCCUCGCAGAACAGUAUGAACGAUGCGCCCCCGCCACCGGAACGAGGCUCCAGUUAUGCUGUUAUGUCACAGCAAAGUGCCCUCAGGUCGAACGGCUCGACCGCCUCUAAUCUACCUCCAUGUUCUCAGCAGCCGGCUUCUAUGAAAAAGGUCUCUUUCCACGAUUCGAAUGCAAACAGCGAAUCGAUGCUGCGGAACGUGCCGUCCGGAACGUCGAAUCCACCGUCGAUAACGAUGGACACCAUCAGGGAGGAUCCCAACAAUUUUAUCAACGACGCGGAGAAUCUGUUAGCGUCUCCUAAAACGCCGGAAGGUUCCGGGACUGCGUUUUCGGGCGCCACUCCCGGGGUGAUCGGAGCGCAGGAAGUGUAUAAGGACCCGCGGCAAAAGCGGCUGGCGGAGAAGCAGAAGCAACAGCAGCAGAACUCACAGAUCGGCGCGGUGCCGGAGAAGCUCAGUUUCAAGGAGAAGAUGAAGAUGUUCGCGAUGGAGACCGGCGAGGACGGCACGCCGCGUGACAAGGUGAAGAUCUCGCGCGCCCAACGCGAGAUCGACAACAUCAGCAGCCCUCUCAGUUCCAACAACAACAAUAACACCAGCGGCAAUAACAACAAUAACAAUAGGACCUAAAAACAACGUUACAUUUUUCGCUUCCAGGCUUUAGUGGGUAGGAAGUGCCUGAUAGUUCAAAUGUAUUUUCCGAAAUAUCUGGGAUGCUUGGAGAAAAGUCACCGCGUCGCCGUGAGACGCUGUUGGUUGCACGAGAGGUCGAAAGAGAGCGAGUAGAUUGAACCACGAUAUUAACUUUAUCAAGGAAGUAGAAAGAUUGAACUUGUGAAGAGUCGGUAAAGUUUCACUCGUUACUACAGUUUAUAAAAAUUAAUUAAAAAUACGAAAAUAUUUUGUAUAUUAUUUAUAUUAUAUAUAUAAAGAUAAGAAUAUAUAUUCAAGGGAUUCAGAAAUAUUAACAUAUGGAACUACUGGAAGCCCGAUUCGUUCUGCGGUUUGUUAUGGUUGUAUUGUGAUUUUGCAGAGAAACUCAAGAACAAACAAAGACAUUGAGAUUUUUUUUUUUUAAUUAGAGUAUUAAUUAUUAAUUCCUACAAUUUUAUUCUAUAUUCAAAAAUAUUUAUUUAAAUUCUAUUGCGGUCAGAAGCACUUAAGUCUAUGUUCUUGUUUUUUUGCUGCAACCAUAUGUUAUUUUGUUUUUAAUUUCUUAAAUAUAUUUUUAUCACUAAUGUAUAAUUUAAUCUUGAUUUAAUUCAAUUUUAAUUUAUAGAUUUAGUUAAAUUAAAAAUAGCCUACGAAAGGAUUUCGUGUUUGAUUAAUUUCUAUACCUGCAGCAACGAGUAAAGUUUCACCGAUUUUGCGCAAGUUUACAUUUUUCUAUCCUCCUCAAUUAUCCUCCUAAUAUCACUGUUGCACUGCUAGAGUUUCUAGGGAACAUGUAUGAUAGCAGUUAACAAUGUGUCUUUAGAAAAAGACAGUCGCACGUAAAAAAAAAUAAUACUAUUAUUGUUAACAGAGUAAAAAGUUGAAUUUCUCUAAACUUAUGGGGACAUAAACUUAGAGAAAUAUUUAUAUACUAUAUUCAUACUCUCUCUAAAAGAACCUAUAUUCGUAUUUUCGCUCUUCGCCGAAAGUUUGCAUAUGAUGCUCGAUUAAUCUUAAACCUCUACUUAAGAUUGACGAAUUUCUGCCUUACUCUUUUUUCUGAGCACCGUAGAUACUUCGCCGUGUGUUUCGUGCCGGACAAAGAGAGAGAGAGAGAGAGAGAGAGAGGGGGGGGAACAUACAGAGAAAUUAUGUACACUGUAGUGUUAUAGUCACACAUGUCGACGAAUUAAUUAAAUGCGCGGUAUCCUCCGCGCUACGCGAAGGAUAUACUUCGUGUACUCUUUUGCGUUCAGAACGAAUCCGGCGGUUACUCCAUACACACAUACACCAGCGUCGAAGUACAAACGAAAUUUUAUAUAGCUCUUUGACCAAAAAUGUCGUGUGUUCGGCGAAGGAGGACCAUUAAUUAAAGGUAACGAUAACGUCGCGGGCGCGAUGUUAGUCGCGGCGGGAAGAGGGGGAAGGGAAGUGUUCUCGUGCGCGACGCGUCCGUUAUUCCUGACUAUAUAUUUCCGGACCAACGUAAUCUUAUUAGAAUAUAACUGAUAACGUACUGUCGAGAAGAGACUAGUAACACGGCGUAGGAUAAAGCUCGCAAGGACUGAUUUAAGCUCAUCGACCGAGGCGGAUCGUUUCGCGAAUGUACAUAAAGGGGUGGCAAAACAGUAGGCCGGGCAGCAUUGAUUAUCGUACGCGUUAGUUUUAUAUUUAUCAUUCUCUCGGCAUAGCGAAGAAGGUCCUGAUAUAUAUUUAAAUUAUACGAUCGUACGGAUUUACACACUUACGCCAUUAUGCACUUAACGAAGUACGACAAAGUAGCGAACGUAGUUAGAAAAAUAGAAAGGAAAAUAGAAAAAAGAGAAGGAGAAAACGUGUGUAUGUGUGUGUGUGUGUGUAAGUAAGAGAGAGAAAAAGUGUGGAUGGUAAAAGAUUUAUAUUUAUAUAACGCGUUUUUAGAGAAAGAGAUAGAAAUAGACGGUUUUAGUUUAGUUUUUGAGGAACGAGACUCUUACGUAGAGCUGGAAUGAGAGAGAGAGAGAGAGAGAGAGAGAGAGAGAGAGAGAGAGAGAGUGUGUGUGUGUGUGUGUAUGUGUGUGCGUGCGUGUGUGCGUGUGUGCGUGUGUGUGUUCUAUGAGAAUUCAAAUGAAAGCCACUUUGAGCUCCGACAAAAGCGCUCUGUUUCUCGUUCUCGUAGAACGAAGAGACUCUACUUUGACAGAGGGAGUAGAACGAAUAGGCUGUUCCGCGGCAAAAUACGAUGUACGACGAUUCAGCUAGGAGAUUCGUUACGAGAUUCCUAUUUUGAUGUAUUUCCGACUGUCUAUCCCAGACUUGGCAUCGUGAAAGUUCCAUAAUCGCAAGCAAGAGAUCUUACGCGACGAAUUAUCGAUGUACUAUUUCGAAUUUAGAUGUCGAGAUAGCAAAUUGCGUUCUCGCUACUCUUUCGACGAUACAGGAGUCGUCCUUUCAUUAGCGGUACUUAGAACUGAAGAAAUUAUUUUUACUCGUUAAGCUCGUCCAUGUAAGAGACACUUUUCACACCGAUGUACAGCGUGACUCACUUAAGAUGUUUGUCGUGGUCCAUUCAUUAUUUUUAUAUAUAUAUACUUUUUUUUUAUCGAGCUCGUAGCAUAUUAUAUGAAAAUUAGGUUUUUUGCUUUAAAACCGAUUAAUCGGUAUUACUUUUAAGAAACACCGGGAUCAAUAUUUUGUUAAAUAUAUUUUAUGGGAGAGGAGGGUGAAACGAAUAGGGGUGGACUUAUUCGGUGGUGCUGCAAGAUUUACAGUUGCAGCGAUUGAUAUGAUAUGUAUUAUUUAUCAUGCGGGCGUUGUAGCACGAUUACAAUUGUGUGAUAAAUUUCGUGGGACGUUCGUUCGGUGUAUUUGAUAAAUUAAUUAAUUCAGUGUACGUUAUUCGGGUUUCGAAAUAUCUUCAGAUACUGCAAAUUUAGAGAUUCGUCUUUCUCGCUUAUUCUUACGUAUGAUUUAUCCUCCCCCCCCCCCUGAGCGAUCAUCAUUGUAAUUCGCAAUAUGGCGGGACAACGGACGAAAUUUUUAUUUAUCGCGUAAUACGUAUGUGUCAUAUAUAUAUUCUGAUUUUUAGUUAUCCUCUGCGAGAUACCGAUGCUACAAGAAGCAUAUCGGUCUAUGAAUGCGAAUUGUUCCGGCAUUGCAUAACGUUGCGCGCGAUCGGUCGAGAAUUGACAUCUUAAGUGCCUCACUCUACACACACAAAUCGUCAUGUUAUUGUAAUUCUUUUGACGUCGAGUGAUGAUCGACGUAAAAAUUCAGCUCGAGACACUUUUUCGCGUAAUCCUAAGAUUUUUAAGUUAAUGUUAGACGCUCUCUCUCGAGGCCCGAGUAUUCGCAGAUGGCAUGACGCGGUAUUUCAGAAAGAAAGAUAGACAGAGAGAGAGAGAGAGAGAGAGAGAGAGAGAGAGAGCUUAGUGAUCUAACGUGAAGAACACACAAAGCAUAGCAAUAUUAGAGUUUAAGGGACAAUUACAUCUACUAGUUACUGUACAAACGAUCGUGGAGGGUGUCCAUUGGCCGAUCUCGCGCGAUGGAAAUUCGCCACGGAAAACUGACUGGCCCGGUUCUUAGGAAAACGAAGAAAGAAAGAAAAAAAAAGGAAAUCAAGUAUUCGCAUUCCGCUCAGUGCUUCGUUGCAUUAAAAAAAAAUUUAUUUCCACUUUAUUUUUACUUUUUCCUUUUUAGUUAUGCAACGUCAUCGCAUUCCUCGCCGUCCAGCCUGCGCGUUCCGCGUGUUACGAUAAAACGACCAAGAGUCGUUAAAGAGGGGAUAUUUUUUUUUACGUUUCCGAAACACAGUAUUCUUAAGUAACGAACUCUCUCAGUAUGUAUUUCGAGUAUUAUUUUUGAUUAAUUAUUCGCGAUUAAUUAUCCGUGGCUAAUUGUUCGCGGUAGAACGAGUCGUCUUCGACGUUUCCACCCUCUUAAAGCUUAUCACGAGUAUAGUUCCGGCAGUGCACGGAAUGCAUCGAUAAUCGAUUAAAGUGCUUCGGAAGAGAACGAGGAAGAUCAUUGUAUCUAUCGACUUUCGCGUAUUCUUGCGUAAUCUAUGCGCUACGUUGGAGAAACGGAGGGCAGCGUUCGUUUAGCGUUCGUUCAGCGUGCGUUCACUCGUAUUCACCUUCUCCGCGAACGGAGCGGAUCGUGCUUACUUUCGUGUCGAGGGUAUUCUAUAGGGAACUUCAUCACAUAUCAGCAUUACAUUACGACUGCUUACAAAGUAUUAUUCCAUCCGUGAUUCAUUUUUUUUUUUGCAAGAAUGAGCCGUCCGACGUUUCUCAGGCGAGCCUUUCCACUCCGAUUUCCGAAUGCGCCGAUAAUAAUCCCGCGAGUCCUGAUCCGCGGAGAAAGUUUCCAGAACCGCAACUUCGUCUUAUUUAUCCUUCUUUUUAUUUUCUCCCUUCUUUUAUAUAUGUGUAUUACUUUCAACGUUCAUGUGUGCUUCUGCCGACAUCCGUUGUUCCGGCCUUUACCAUUCCUCCACUCGGGAACGAUUAGUGAUAGUGCUAAAAGCAGCUUGUUAGCGCGCUAUCGUGCGACGAAUUUUGCUCGUGUGUCCACAACGAAUUUCCGCUCUUACUAUGUAAUACGCUAAUUGUACAAUUAACGCGCGCGAGCGAGGUUCCAUCGUCCGUAGUCUUAACUCUUUUAUUCUUAAUUAGCCAUAUGUAAACGCGCGCCGAUCGAGGUGUGUGUGUGUGUGUGUGUGUGAAUCGACUUUAUCGAUAGGGAUUAAUUAUUUCCGGCGAAGGAGACGCUUAGUUUGGCAACUAUAAACAUAUUCACGUCGAAGCAAAGCCUAAACUCGACGUUAAUCAAAUAUUGUAGUAAACGAGAGGAAAAGAGAGGGAGGUCGAAGGAGAGAAGAAGAAAGAAAAAGAGAUAGAUAGAAAGAGAAUGAGANAGAGAGAGAGAGAGAGAGAGAGAGAGAGAGAGAGAGAGAGAGAGAGAGAGGAUAAUUGAUGACUCCCUGCUUGUUGUGUAUAGCGAGCGUACAUACUUGCACUAUAUUUUGUAAAACUGUUUUCAUAAUCUCGUAGCGAUGGUGUCGGCCGAUUGAUGACUGAUCGCCGAGAACAGCUCCACCGUCACGGAUGUUAUUAAUAUUACUAUAUUUUACUUAUAAAAUACCGAUUGUAAUUUCGCAAAAUACGGUAUAUUUUUUAAUUAUUGUAUCAUGUAAUGUUACUAGCGAAAUACGAUAUUUGACGGAAAAUAUAUGUCAGCUGUAUUCAA